GAAAGGAGCGGUUUCGUUCAUUCGAGUAGAUAGUGCCUGCGCUAACGUCGCAAUAUAUUAAUUAGUAAAGUUAUUAGUUACAACUUUCGUUCAAAUCACAAAAUGAAAAAUAAAAAGGGGAAAGUAAAUAAGGCAUUCGAUGCCUCGGAACCUCCGCCAUCCUUCAGCGAAGCGACCAAAAAUGAAAAGGCUGCACUCGACACAAUUACGAAAGAUGAUACUGAAAGUGGGGAACCCGAACGAGCUAUGUGGGGAAAUCAAAUCGAAUUCCUCAUGUCCUGCAUCGCUACAUCCGUUGGGCUAGGCAACGUGUGGCGGUUCCCCUUUGUGGCUUACCAAAAUGGCGGCGGAGCCUUCCUCAUACCAUACAUAAUAGUGCUUAUACUUAUUGGAAAGCCCAUGUACUACCUUGAAGGUGUAUUGGGCCAAUUUAGCUCUAGAAACACAGUCAAAGUAUGGGCCUUAGCCCCUGCUAUGAAAGGCAUUGGAUACGCCCAGUCUUUAGCUUGCAGUUACAUUCUCUCUUACUACGUAUCCAUCAUCGGUCUAUGCCUUUAUUACUUCGCUAUGAGUUUCCAGCCUGUUUUGCCUUGGGCUGUCUGUGACCCCGAAUGGCGUAACUGCGUGCCGUCAGGACAAACUGAAAAUGUCACCUUGACUAAUGUCUCCCGUAGCAGUGCCGAGCUUUAUUUCACUAAAACGGUGCUUCAACAGCCCAAGGGGAUAGAAGGCGGUCUUGGUAUGCCGUUGUGGUACCUCACACUGUGCCUGUUAGCAUCGUGGCUCGUGAUUUUCGUGAUCGUCUCCCGAGGAGUGAAGAGUUCGGGGAAAGCUUCCUACUUCCUCGCCCUGUUCCCCUAUGUUGUGAUGAUCAUAUUGCUUAUCACCACGGUAAUUUUACCCGGAGCAGGAAACGGCAUUCUGUUCUUCGUACUACCGCAGUGGGAUAAAUUAGCAGAACUUAGCGUGUGGUACGCCGCUGUCACUCAGGUGUUCUUCUCCUUAUCCGUGUGCACUGGCCCUAUUAUAAUGUUUUCGUCCUACAACGGCUUCAAGCAAAACGUUUAUAGGGAUGCGAUGAUUGUCACUACACUGGACACGUUUACAAGUUUGCUGUCAGGGUUCACAAUUUUCGGUAUCCUCGGCAAUCUGGCGCACGUGCUCGAUCGCAACGUCACCGAGGUGGUGGGCUCGGGCGGCACCGGGCUCGCGUUCGUUUCAUACCCUGAUGCCAUCGCUAAAACCUUCCAGCCACAGCUAUUUGCAGUUCUCUUCUUUUUGAUGAUGUCCGUGCUGGGAGUCGGCUCCGCUGUGGCGCUGUUGUCAUCCGUCAACACUAUAUUGUUGGACGCGUUCCCGCGAGUGAAGACGGUGUACAUGUCCGCUUUGUCGUGUACUGUCGGAUUUGGUAUCGGCCUCGUUUAUGUUACACCGGCAGGCCAAUAUGUGUUGGAAAUCGUCGAUUACUACGGUGGAACUUUCCUUAUACUAUUCUGUGGUAUUGCUGAAAUUUUCGCAGUAUUCUGGAUUUACGGUCUAGAGAACAUAUGCACCGACAUCGAGUUCAUGUUGGGUAUCAGCACGUCGGUGUACUGGCGGUUCUGCUGGGGCUUCAUCACCCCCGCCAUGAUGGUGGUGGUGUUCGUCUACGCGCUGCUGUCCUUCGACAACUUGACGUUUGGGGGAACUUACAUAUACCCUACCGCUGGUUACGUGGCAGGUUACCUGAUGCUGUUCGUCGGUAUAGCAUUAGUGCCGUUGUUCACUGGGUUGGCCAUGUACAAAAAUAGAAGCGGUAACAUCUGGGAGACCAUCAAGAAGGCAUUCCGGAAAAAAUCAUCAUGGGGACCACGUGCUCAGAACAACAAAGUACAAUGGCUGCUGUUCACAGAGAACAGACAACAACUACGUCUUACAAUGAACAGGUCCUGGCUUCGACACAUUUGGCUCAGCUUAUCAGGAGGUUACCAACGUGCGCUGAGAUACAAGUAGAUAGUAUAUACAUAAAUAUACAGAACUGAAAUAUAGUUGUAGGUCAGCGAAUAUUCACUCAACAUCCUUGUAAAAUAUUGUAGCCUUAGUUGAUAGAUAAGAGCUAGUUAGUAAAAGAUAGUUUCUUGAGAUCUUUUUUCUUCUUUUUUAAGUAAAACAUAUAACAUCAGACUGUAUUCUGAUAUAUAUACACUGAUUCAAACAGAUCCGUUCUGUGAUUGACGGGAAUCAAUCUAUAUAAGCGCAACUACGAGUAGCCCAAUAUAUGAAACAGCUCUCGAAAACUCAUUUUGAAAGAGCCGCCCCUCUAGGGCUGCCACCUUUAGAGAAAAAAAAAUCAGGACGAUUGGGCAUCCAUCAGAGACGUUCGGAGUUUGAUCCAAAUAAUAAAUAAAUGGAUGGCAACCCAGCUAACCAUUCCAACCCUCUCCAAACAACUAGAUUUAAAAAUUGGUUAAUUUAAAAAACAGAUGUGAAAAAGCAUAUGACAUAUUAUACUCUUAUAUUUCAGACAAAUAAAUCUUGAAAAAUGCAACAAGAGUAAAAUCUUAUUGUCUUUUAAAAAUAAAUGUCAAUUAUUUGCUUAUUCCAUAAAAUACUAUAUUUUAUUUAGGCGUACUGUAUUUUAUAUAGCUAAAUCUGAAAAAUACUAUAUUUUUCUGAAAAAAUGUUGGCAACCCUAUUUAUUACAAUUUUGGUAUAAUGUUUUUCAAAAUGGCGAUCUCCUCAACCUCAGACCAUGCAUGUAAUUCGUCUAAGGCCUCGGCGUUAUAGUUCAUAUAAUCAUUGCGUUAGUUCCAGUAGUAAUUGGUCACCGGGUCAAAUAAUUUUGGGGCACUAAGUAAAUAUAAAUGAGAUAUAAGAUAAGUAAAAUAGCCCGGGACUACCAACAACCUUUAUAUCUGGUUUUUUCAUGUUUAGUAGUACUGUGUUUCGGUCUGAAGGGCAUGAUUGUUGGUGUAAUUAAUUAGCACAUGAGACUUAACAACUGACUAUAGUAACGGCUAUGAUAUUUAGUGACAGCAAACACUAGUGCCUGUAUAGAGAAAAGAUAAUAUAUUUAUUGUAUCAAAUGUUUAGAUGCUUAUUAAAAGUGAGAAACUAUAUAAAUAACUGUAAGAUUUAAUUGCUGAUAAUAUAAU